ACUCCGAUAUGAUGUAAGAAUAAAAAAAACUUACUCUAAAAAGUGGAACAAAAUUCAAUCAACUCCAAAAUUUAAGUUAAGUCUUGUCUCUGACUGAACUUCAUUACGAAGAAAGAGGGAGAGCGAGUAAUAUUAAGAGAAAAAUAGAGAAAACAAAUGCAAAAACCAAAACCCUAAAAAAAGAGGAAGAUUCGAACUCAAGUGAACAACUGUUUUAUCUUGAUGAUAUCACUCAAGCAAUUGGUCAAAAAACUAAAUUAAAGAUUUUUUUUUUAUUUUGGUGAUCGGAAGGGAAAAAACCGUUAAAUUUAGAGUCAAAUUUCUGUAGUUAGGAUUGAAGAUAUUGUAUUUUCAAGUUAGAAAAGGGAAAAAGACAAGCAAGUGGCCGUUCCCCAGUUUCAGUUAUGGUAAAUUGGUUCUCUCUAAUGGUUCAAACUCCAAAUCUUAUCCGUCGCAUAUCCACUAAAAUACGAGAUUGCAGAGAAAUGGCUGCACCCAAAUCACCAUUUCAGAUAAUAUUAGGUUCAUCGUCAAUGGCUCGUCGGCGCAUUCUGUCGGAAAUGGGAUACGAGUUCACUAUAAUGACGGCGGACAUUGAUGAGAAAGCGAUUAGGAAGGAAAGGCCUGAAGAGUUGGUGGUGGCUCUGGCUGAGGCAAAGGCAGAUGCAAUUAUGUCAAGAAUUCUAGCCACUGGCGUUCAACUCAACAAUGAUGCACAUCCGACACUGCUAAUCACUGCGGACACUGUGGUGGUCUAUGAAGGAACAAUUAGAGAAAAACCAUCCAACAAGGACGAAGCUCGUAAAUUUAUCAAAGGCUAUUCUGGUAGUCAUGCUUCUGUUGUAGGUUCUGUACUUGUAACCAACCUUAUGACAGGAACAAGAAAAGGGGGAUGGGAAGAGGCAGAGGUUUAUUUCUAUGACAUACCAGAGGAGAUUAUAGAUACCCUGAUUGAAGAUGACGUUACAUUCAAAGUAGCUGGGGGUCUGAUGUUGGAGCAUCCACUGACUUUGCCAUUGGUUGAGGCAGUGGUAGGUUCAACUGACACAGUGAUGGGACUUCCCAAAGCUCUUACGGAGAAACUCAUGAAUGAUGCUCUAUAGCUCACUAAGGUAACGAAAAAACGAAGUUCUUUUACCUUUUGUUACAUCAUGUUACUGUGGAAAAUUAGGAUUGAGAUUCUUAUUCUUGAUUGGAGCCCCAUCUUGGUCAUAGAUAUGAUAAGCUUCGGUUCUACAGGAACUAUUAUCAUCAUCUUGAUAAACAUGCUGAUGAUUCGUAAUUUUCUUUCACGAGAAGGAAAAUAUAGUACGUACUUUUCUUUGUAAGAAAAGGCAAACUAGAAUGAUUUUGUGAAGGUCCAUUGUUUGAUGUUUCUCUCCUUAGUGCAUUCUUAAAGUUGUUCUUUUUCACAAGAAUUACUGUUUUUUUUAUCACGUGGAUGAAUGUGCUGAUGGUUGGUAAUUUUUUUU